AUGGAGGUGUGGAACAGUGGUGAAGAGGAGGGACUGACUGAACUGGAGGGAUCCUCAGACACCAUGACAGCCCUGACAACCUCCAAUCACCUCCUCCUCCAUCACAGAGCUAUUAACGACUCCAACUACACCACCACCAACAACAUCACCUACUUCCCUUACUACCAGCACUCCCUCCCUGUGGCUGCUAGCUUCAUCCUGGCCUACCUGUUCAUCUUCCUGCUGUGCAUGGUGGGUAAUGUACUGGUGUGUCUGAUCGUGCUGGGGAACCGUCGCAUGAGAACCGUCACCAACCUCUUCAUCCUCAACCUGGCAGUCAGCGAUCUGCUGGUGGGCAUCUUCUGCAUCCCCACUACUCUUGUGGACAACCUCAUCACAGGCUGGCCGUUUACCAACUCUGUGUGUAAAAUGAGUGGUCUGGUGCAGGGGAUGUCUGUCGCUGCCUCAGUCUUCACCCUGGUGGCCAUUGCAGUAGACAGGUUCCGCUGCAUUGUGUUCCCUUUUCAACCCAAACUCACCCUAAUAGUUGCCAAGGUGACCAUAGCGAUGAUCUGGGUCCUGGCUGUGGUAAUCAUGUGCCCCUCAGCAGCUGCCCUGACCGUGGUGGAAGUGACCGAUCACUACAUGGUGUACAACCAGGACUACAACAAGACUUACCCCCUGUACUCCUGCUACGAGAACUUUGCCGACCCGAAGAUGCGGAAGGUCUACACCACAGUGCUGUUCGCCCACAUCUACUUGGUGCCCCUGGCUCUCAUCACUGUCAUGUACGGACGCAUCGGCGUGAAGCUCUACACCUCCGUGGUGUCAAGAAGAGAGCCUCAGGAUGCAGCACAUCCUCCUCCUCGAGCCAGGCAUGAGGGGGGCAGGCAUCUGAUCUCACAGAAGAAGAUCAAGGUGAUCAAGAUGCUAAUCGUAGUAGCCCUGCUGUUCAUGCUGUCCUGGCUGCCCCUGUGGACUCUGAUGCUGCUGACAGACUACGCAGGGCUGGACGAGGAGCAGCUGGAGCUCCUGACUGGAUACAUCUUCCCCUUUGCCCACUGGCUGGCUUUCUCCAACUCCUCUGUCAACCCCAUCAUCUACGGAUACUUCAAUGAGAACUUCAAGAGGGGCUUCCAGGCAGUCUACCAGACCAACUCCUGCUGCCGCCCGGGAAAUAGGGUUGAGGUAGCAGGGAGGGGAAACCGGGAAGGCAGAGCAGGGGGUGGGGGUAAUGGUGGAGAGGGUGGAGGCGGCCUGAGGGAGCCUACAAGCAACCCCAAUCCUCUCCCAUUUGGGGCUAGAAACAAAGUGUAUACUGACGGUAAUGUGAUGGACUCGGUUCAUCUUGAGCUGGAGUUGAAGAAAAAUUCUAAGGUGGGAAGCAACACAGUCCAUGUUGAGGUUGGGGGGACUGGGGCAGGCAGAGGAAUAGGGAAUGGAAAUGGGAUGAACAAAAAGGGGCUACAGGUUGACGAGCAGACCAGCCCAAUGGGAGUUUGUCAGGCCUGGGAUCAUUAG